CUCAUUCCGGUUUGGUAGGCGAACGAAGUUGAGCGCGUCUCGUCAUCCCGCGGAAAUUCCAGUGCACUCGCAAUUGUCCCUCUUAAAGGAAAUCCCUUAACAAAAAGUGGAGACAACCCAAAUAUUAUUAAUCUUUCAAAGCAGAAAGAGUUGCAAAAAAAAUUAUUAAAAAUAACAUUUGCCGACGGCUAAGUAGAAGUCUAGUGAGCACAGUGAAAAAUAACAAUUCCAAAGGAAAAUCCCUCUAUAUAUUCCUAUAGAUUUAAACAAUCCAAAAAUUGCAGUGAGAAAUUAAAGAUCUAUUUGCCUGCUACUUGUCUUGCCCAAGACAAUCUACGCGUAAUUGAAAUCGAAACCCUUGGAAGGAAGCGACGACAGCCAGGAUGGUGCUCGUGCUGAACGGAGUGCUGCAGGACGACUGCCCCAUGAACACCAACAGCCUGUUCCUGCAGCAUCCCGUCUACAGAGACUACGCCCAGCAGCUGCACUCCAUUCAGGCCAAGUCGGUGGGUCCGGUGGGUCUGCUCUACGUUGGCCAGCGGGAAUGGGCCGCCUCCGCCCCGCACGACAAGCACGUCAACAUCAUUGGCGCCGACGAUGCCACCACCUGUAUUAUCGUCGUGGUCCGGCAUUCCGGAUCAGGCGCCGUGGCUCUGGCCCACUUUGAUGGCAGCGGCGUGGACGAGGCUGUGGGCACCAUGGUAACAAGGGUCCAGGAACUGGCCGUGGGCUAUCCAGAGGGUCGCAUCGAGUUGCAGUUGAUUGGUGGCUAUCGGGAUGUGAAUAACUACGGCGAGGAGGUCUUCUUCAGCAUCAUGCAAUCAUUCCACAACCACCAUCUCGAGAUCGAUCUGACGCAGGCUUGCGUGGGUGAUCUAAACACCAUGAUGCGCGGCGAAAUCAACUGCCCCAUUAUCUAUGGUGUGGGCGUGAAUAUCAAGACUGGAGAGAUCUUUCCGGCCACUUUCCCGGACCGAGGACCCGAUCGGGAGCUGCGUGAUGCACGCAUUUUCAUGGGAGCGCAAUCGGUCCUGGAUGUGUAUGACUCCUCUCUGGGCAUGCUGCGCAUUGGACCCUUCAAUUAUGAUCCGUUGCGUGGCGCCGAUCUGUGGCUCUCCCAAACGGAUGAGUUUCUGCUGCAGCACCUGUCCUCCAGUCCCGAUGUCGAGCCGCCACAUUUCGCGCCCCAGACGCGUGCCACCAUCAAGUUCAUCCAGGAGAACCAGUUCCCCGCCGUCACCGUCUUCAGGGACAAUCGGCCGCGCUAUUUCCGGCGGGACGACGCCACGGGGUGCUGGGUGCUGGUUAGAUAUUAAAGCUUAAUUUUAGUGUUUUAGUUGUUACGCAAAACUGUUGAAACAGAUCGCAGAUGCAUGUGUUAAUUGUCGUCCGCCGUCAAAUGCUGCUUCUGUGCGCUUGCCUUUGUUUCAGUUUUAAUCGUUGAGUUGAUGGCAUUCGUCUUUAAUUGUGUAAUUUUGUAAUUUGUAAUUUGUAAUUGUAAUUGUCGUUGAUAUUGAUAUAUAUUCGGAUUAUUCUGUGCUGUAUUUAUCGCCCGAGUAGCCUUUAGCUUUAGCAAUUGCGAUCUAAUCUCUCUUUGAAAUUCAAAUUCAAUUAGAUUCAAAAUUAAGUUCCGACGCUGGAGACGGUGAGCCUUAUAGAUGGAUCUGAACGGGGACGGGAGAACGCGGAAGAGCGAACUAAAUAACAAAACGAGUAACGAAUAAAGCCUAAUCUCCAAUAUUUAAAGAAAUUGAUUGAUUCUUAGCUAAAUAUAUACAAUAGAUGCGCAUAGAUCCGUGUAAACGAAACAAUUUCGAAUGCAAUCAUUUUAGCUGUUAACUGUAAGCUGUAAACUGUAAUCAAAUGUGUAAGAAAAAUAUAUAAAAAUGGCUUGGCUAUAAACAUACACAAACAAA